GGGCCUUUUAUAAAGGAAAUGGACUAGGAAACUCGGCGUUGGAUCCAAACCAGCUUUAGAACACGUGUGUGGUUUCAGUUUGCGCCGCUGCAUCUACAGUACUUACGUAAGCAUCACUGCAAAGAGAUUGUGUUCGGAUUCGCCCGAUCAAAAAUGGAUAACCAAACUUGUAUAUGAACAGACAGACCUACACAACGCUCCAGUUUCAAAGGCCCCAAUACGUCUCUUCAUCUCGCCGCCGGCUCGAAGGAAGAAACAUAGAGUUUCUCAUUGAUUGAUCAAAGCAAGCCCCUUUACGUGACUAAAUGUUGAAGGAAGAUUUUGAUGUGCUCAAGUGUACGGAAGUCGAUAAUGGGAAGACACAGGAAGAGCUGAAUUUACCUAAGGGAUAUAGAUUUUCUCCGGAUGAUGAUGAAUUAGUUCUGUUUUACUUGUUUAACAAAAUUCUAGGUCGUCCAAUCCCUUUAACUGAUGUUAUAAAAGAACUUGACCUGUAUGAGCAUGAUCCGGAUCAGAUACCCCGAGGUGAUUAUAGACAUGGUACCAAGGGCAAUGAAGCAUACUAUUUCACUAAUGUUGAACAGAUUUACAGCAGUGAAGGGAAAGGCACUAAAAGAACUACAAAGGGUGGUUACUGGAAGGUAACUACUGAGAGAGAGCAGGUUACAUAUGGGGAUGACAAAGUAGUUGUUGGGUUUAAAACUUCUAUGUUAUUCAAUAAAGGACAUGUGCCAAGAAGGAAGCUAAGUUCAUUUGUCAUGCAUGAGUACAGAGUUAAUCCCAGCAUAGUUCCUGUUGGUGUGCUUAAUGACAGCAUAAGGGCAAAGAUUGAGCGAUUUGUGGUGUGCAAAAUUGUAAACAAGGAUGUAGAGAUUCUUGAUAUGCAUCAGACAUAUAAAAUGGAACCAGAGAUGCUCGACAAUGAAGAAGAUAGUGAAUCAAAUUGAUAUGGCGAACUACAGUAGGCUGGCUAUAUGUUAGGACCAAUUUUUGCACUGUUAGUUCUGGUUGUAAGUUUCUGAAUCUUUGAUGUAAGGCAAGUUGAUUAGUCUUUUCUGGUUAUCUAUCAAAAUGAAUCCAUGUGCGAUAUACUUUUAUCGUCAUUCAAUCUAGUGUAUACUUGAUUUUGUACUCAGUAAAUAUAUUCGGAAUCAACACAGCGUUAAUUCAAUUAAGUCACCAUUGAUGUUUUGAUAAUAAACUCUAGCAGAAAGUACCCAUACAGAAAGAAUCGAACAUCAACAAACUACACAUGAUCUAAACAACUCGGUGAGAACAUUUUCGUUUAAAUUAUGCCCU